AUGGGAACAGCGACGUCGACGAUGGCGGCGAAGUUGGCAUUCUUCCCACCAAGUCCGCCGUCGUACACGGUGGUGACGGAGGAAUCGACGGGGAAGAUGAGGAUAUCGACGGAGAUGAUGCGUCACCGGAGAGAUGAGGAAAUCGAAGUGGUGAAGAUAAAGACAAGAAGAGGGAAUGAGAUCGUGGCAAUGUAUGUGAAGAAUCCACUGGCUAAACUCACGGUUUUGUAUUCUCACGGCAACGCAGCCGAUUUAGGUCACAUGUUCCUCAUUUACAACGAACUAAGUCAUCAUCUCAAUAUCAAUCUCAUGGGAUACGAUUACUCAGGAUAUGGGCAAUCCUCUGGUAAGCCGAGCGAGCAAGAGACGUACGCAGACAUAGAAGCAGUUUACGAUUGGCUAAGAGAGACGUACGGUACAAAAGAUGAACGUAUCAUUUUGUACGGUCAAUCCGUGGGAAGUGGACCGUCGCUUGAGCUUGCUUCUCGUCUUCCACGUGUCAGAGCACUUGUUCUUCACAGUCCUUUCUUGUCCGGUCUACGUGUCAUGUACGCUGUCAAGCACUCCUUCUGGUUCGACAUCUUCAAGAAUAUUGACAAAAUUCAACUCGUGGAGUGUCCCGUUCUUGUGAUUCACGGAACAGAUGACAAAGUGGUGGAUAUUUCACAUGGGAAACAGUUAUGGGAACUAUGCAAAGAAAAAUAUGAACCCUUAUGGCUUAAAGGAGGAAGCCAUUGUAAUCUUGAGAUGUUCCCUGAGUACUUACCUCACUUAAGAAAGUUCAUAUCAGCCAUUGAGAAGCUUCCUGUUCCAACAUUCCGACGCCAUUCAUCAGUGACUGAGAAUGACCACAAGAAACAAAUGGAUUCAACUAAGACUAGUACUAGUAGCCGGAUUGGAUCUAGGCAUAGCACAGAAUGUGUUAGUUCUAGAGACAAAUCAAGAAAGAUUAGUACCGGUCGUCGGUUUGAAAAGGCGAGAAACAGCACGGAUAGCUUCGAUCGGGCCAGGAAUAGCUUCGACAGGUUGGGUGAAAUGGUGAGAUCUGUUCGGUUGUGUAAUAUUGAUUGUGUGAAGAGUUCAGUUACAGAAGUCUGA